AGAGAGAGAGAGAGAGAGAGAGAGAGAGAGAGUGAGAGAGGAGAGAGAUAGCCAUGUUAAAACUCACAAGAACUUUCUCCAGUCUCCGCUACUCUCUCCUCCUCGUACUAAUUGCAUCAGCCAUGUUUACGAUUCUGCAUUCGAAGUACCUCCAUCUCGGCCCAGUCUCCUUGACCAGCGCCUUCGUGCUUACCGUGGCAGAACCCACCGUACAGGAUGAAAACACUUCCACCCGACCCUCUCCCAGCUUCGAAAUCCACAAAGAAAGCAAAGUGGAUGAACAACUGCUUCAUAACAACACGAACGCUUCUUCCACUGAAGUUAACUUCGGGACAUUGGUGGCACAAAGGUUCAAAGAGAGACGAGAACAUCUUGAAGAACAAUGUUCAGCUCUGAGGGAAAACUUGCCAAUCCAAGUUCGAAGUCUUUUCAUGAACGCUCUCUUCUUCGUGAAAAAAUAUAAUUUCUUCACCUGCAUCACACCGAAGGUCGGCUCCUCCACCUGGAAAGUGCAUCUGCUGAGAAUGAAGGGGUUUUCUUCAAAGAUACGGGACCCUCAUGACUUCAAUCAACACAUUGCGCUUAAAUUCAGAAAAGAAAAGCCGGAGAAAUUGUUACGGUCCAAAAUGAUAACGAAAGUCAUCACAGUCCGGCACCCGAUUUCUCGCCUCCUGUCCGCCUACCGUAACAAGCUCGGAGGAGGCGAAAUUAUCACGCCCAAUCCCGUUAUGUUCCGCUUCGUCCGCUCCGUCCUGAAGCACUUCGGCGCGCGCGUGGCCCGAGGCAAACCGGUCUCCGUUUCCUUCCUCAGCUUCAUGAAGUUCGUUGUCUUCCAGGUGGACAGCGGGAAAAAGGGUCAACGAGCACUGGCGGCCUUACUCCUGGAACUGCCAGCCGUGCGGCGCGUCCUACGACUACAUCGUCAAAAUGGAGACCUUCGACGACGACCUCCGCUCCAUCGCCAACGCCACGGGCAUCAGGGAGUUGAGUGCGAACAUCCGGCAGAACCCGUCCGUCCGCGAAAGGAGCCGGAGGGAUUUCGAGCAAUACUUCCGCGAUUUCCCCGACCACCAUGCUGA